AUGAUCAUCCAUUCCACAGGCUGUAUUAAUACUAAUAAUCUGAGUUUUUCGGCUAUGGCCAGCGGAAGCGGUCGCAUGGCUGUUCCUACAGUCGCCCCUUCUGUUCUCGGUAAGCGGAAGGCACUGGAAUAUGCUCGCGUGUCGGACAGAGAGCCGUUUUUUGCGGGCAUUUCCGAGCAAGUCACCCGCGAUUUGCGCCUACAAGACGCGCCGCGCGGACAGUACCGACGGCGCGUGGUGAAGGCCGCGCGCGAGCCUCCAGAGAUCGCGGCGUUGCACCGCGAUGCGACGGCGGAUGAUCAUCUCGUGGCGCAGCGGUUCUCGCAGCAUUUCGCGCAGCAGCAACUCGCUCAGCAGCAAAUGGCGGAACAGCAAAUCGCACAGCCGCAAUGCGUGGAGCAAGAGUCGGCGAGGGAUGAGGAGAACCGGCUGCUCCUCCGCUCCUGCGGAGGCGACGACUGCAGGGUCAACCGCGGGCUGGCUGAUGAGGCGCAACAGUGGCAGGUGCAGCAGCAACAGCAGCAGCAGCAACAGCAGCAGCAGCAGCAUCAGGAGCUGCUGAUGCUGCUGCGGAGCCAGCACAGGAUGCAGACCUUUGCGGCGAGACAAGCUGAGAAAGGCACUCUCACAGUGCCGCCGCCACUACACGAGGCCGACCGCUGUCGGGAGGAAGGCUUUCAAAGGUCGACUCUCAGCAUGGCAUCGCUGCUGGAUGGGCAGCGGGGCGUGGAGGAAGGCGGGUGGCGCCGUGUGCAAGGUGAAGGGUUGCGGAUGGAAAACGAGUCGGGCUGCACGAAUUGGGUGGAGGGGGGUGCGCGACAGAGCAUGUUUGUGGGUGCACGGCAAGAGCAGCAUGGCAGGGAGAAGCAGAUGCUGUUGGAGAAAGUGCUGAUGCAGUCGUGGUUCCAUGCGGAGCGACGGGAGACGGGGCGACGGGCGACGGGGCGAAGGGAAGCGCAGCGACUGGAGGCGGAGCGACUUGAGGAGGAGCAUUGGGAUACAGAGGAUCGGGUCGUGGACAGGAAUGGUACGAGAAGGAAGAGGCUGCGCGGAGAGGAGGAGAAGCUGUCGGCGCUGCUGCUGGCGUCCCACCAGGCGGUGAUGCAGCAGCAGAGGGAGCAGCUCAUGCUCCAGCAGAGGCAGAAGCUGGAUCUGGAGCAAAGCCAGCAAUUGGUGCUCCCAUUUGCGUCUCAACCGGAUCCGCGCUUUGCUGAGGCUCAGUCUACAGCUGAGGGUUUUUCUUGUGGAAGAGUUAGUGCGGCUGGAAAUGAAGCUGCUUUUUUUGGUUCAGGGGAGGAGCCUGGGGCUUACGUGAACGCCGCUUCCUGUAGCGGCACAACUGCGACCAGCUUAAGGGGAAUUAGCCCACCUUCCUGUCCUCUGUUGGAUCUUAACCUUAGCCUCUCGCUGUCGUCUCUGAGCAGUGAAGAGACACCGAACACAUUUGAGAGUUGA